GGCUCCGCGCACUGUACAGUUUGGUGCGUUCAUCUCUCCAAUUCCCAGAGAAGCCAACCCGUGAACAUUGAGCAGCAGCAUGCGUUACUUGUGCGACUAUUCUCCUUGUUCUGCCAUGAUGAAUGUGGUUGAUACAUAUUAAUUUGAGAAACGACAAGCAGUCCAGGGAGAUAAGACGCUCAACGUUGAUACCUGUGAGAGCUAUGAGUGGGGAGGUAACGAGAAGGAUUCGAAAAAGACAUGGAUUAAAAAACUUCAAGCAGAGAUGGAGCACUGUCCAGCCUAGUGAGGAUGAGGAGAUUGAGAGAGGUGCCCUCAAGAGGCUCAGCACAAUGUGGUCUUCAUUCCGGGCCAAGCUCAACAGAGAUCAGGUGAAGGAGCCAUGUCAGGAGUCUCUGGAUUCAGCCCCAGUGGACACCACAGCCAGGGAGCAGCGCUACAUGAGCGGGCACUACUUCUUUGAGUACCUGGUGGUGGUCAGCCUCAAGAAGUCCAAAGAGGGGGCCUACGAGCCGCAGAUCACCUACCAGUUCCCCAAGAGGGAUGGGAUGGUGAGAUUCCAAAGAGAGGAGGAGGAAAAGACCCUGAAGGCCAUCACGCUCUUCUGUUUCCCUGAGGGGAUCAGCUGGGCCCCCCUAACAGAGUACCACAGUGAGACAUUCUCCUUUGUCUUGACUGAGAUCGAUGGCAGUAGAAGGAAUGGAUACUGCAGAAGGCUACUGCCCCACGGCAACGGAGCGCGCCCCCCUGAGGCCUUCUGCAUCAUUAGCAGGCUGGCUUGUUUCGGGCUCUUCUCCAAGAUCUUUGACGAGGUGGAGAAGCGACACCAGAUCUCCAUGGCGAUGAUUUACCCGUUCAUGCAGAGCCUUAGGGAGGCAGCGUUCCCCGCCCCAGGCAACACUGUCAAGAUCAAGAGCUUCGUUCCCGACAAGGGCACCGAGAUCAUCAGUCUGACGCGUCCGUUGGACUCGUGGCUGGAGCACGUGGACUUCCGCACGCUCUUCCGUUGCUUGACCAAUGAGGAGGUGGUGCUGGUGUUCGCUGCCGCCGUUAUGGAGCGACGUAUUGUCUUCAUAGCCGUGGAGCUCAGCACCCUGUCCCAGGUGAUCCACGCUGUGGCCGCCCUCCUCUAUCCAUUCACCUGGCAACACACCUUCAUCUCCAUAGUCCCUGAGAUCCUCAUCGACGUUGUUAUGGCCCCCACCCCCUACCUGCUGGGAGUGCAGAAGCGGCUAAUGGAUCAGGUCACGGACCAGACCGACCUCCUUGUGGUGGACUUGUCAGAGGAUCGGAAGGACACUUUCCUAGUUCAAAUCGGGGAUGAGAAGUCUAUUCUGCCCCCUAAGCUUCAAGAUGAAAUACUGCAGGCACUAAGAAACAGGAAAGAAAAAUCCACCGUGGAGGAGUUGAACAGCGUGGUCUCGGAAGCCUUCCUGCCCUUCUUCGUGAAGACUGUCGGCCAUUUUGAUUUGUACGUGACGCGGAACAGCAGGGGCCAGCCGGGGGUGUUCCAGAGCAGAGCCUUCUACAAGACCAUCAAGUCCAAGACCACACGGCACUUUGUCAAGAAGUUCCUCCAGACCCAGAUGUUUGACCUGUUUAUCCAGGAGGUGGAGCAGCAGCCAGCGAGCCCCCAGCAAGGAAUUUUCCACAGAAAGAUUGUUGAAUACCAAGAACAGAAGAAAAAAGAGAAGGCAAAGAAGAGACACUAAGUAUGAAUACACUGUAAACGAGGCCAUGAUAUUACAUUUGUCAUUUAGCAGACGCUAUUAUCCAGAGCGACUUAGUUUGUGCAUUCAUCUUAAGGUAUAUGUUGUUGUCUCACCUAGCCAGCUCAUUCAUAGUAAGUGCAUUAUCGUAGCCAUCAGCCAAGUCAGUGGUAGUAUGGGGGUGGGGGAUCUUUGACCGGGCUUAAAAGGGAGGUGGUAGAUAGGAGUACUCGGGUUAGGGUGUAGGGUAGAGCAUAGCCUAGUGGUAGGGAGGGGCAGUUCCUCUUGCUGCUCCAUAGGCAAGUACCAUGGUCCUGUAGUGGAGGCAAACUUCAACUGGAAGCCAGUGGCGUGUGCAGGGUGACAUGGGUGAACUUGGGAAGGUUGUUCGGGAUAGAUUGCAGGUGUUUGAUGCGGGGAACACAGCCCACAGUGCGUUGCAGUAGUUCAGACAGGAGAUGACAAGUGCCUGGAUUAGCACCUGCCCUCCCUUCCUGCGUGAGGUAGGGUCGCACUCUACGGAUGUUGAGUACGACCGAGACACUGCUUGGAUGUUUGCAGAGAAUGACAGGGUGUUGUCCAGGGUCACGCCAAGAUUCUUUGUACUCCGGGCGGGGGAUACCGUGGAGUUGUCAACCAUGAAAGGAGAGGUCUUGGAGCGGGAAGGCCUUCCCUGUUAGGAAGAGCAGCUCCGUCUUGUCGAGGUUGAGCUCGAGGUGAUUGUGUGUGUGUAUAUAAAGGAUUUACUGUAGAUGUGUGAUAAUAUCUAGAUUUUUAGAUGUAGAUGUAAAUAUUGGAAGUGAAUAGUGUAGUUUAUUGUAUAUAAAAAAUAAAUGGUUUACUAUUGUAUUUUGUUUUUCCUAUUUUUCUCACAAAUUUCAAUCUUCUCUCAUCGAUGAAACUCCAACGGGCUUGGGAGAGGCAAAGGUGGAGUCAUGCGUCCUCUGAAACAUGACCCGCCAAACCGCGCUCCUUAACACCCGCCUGCUUAACCCGGAAGCCAGCCGCGACAGGAGGAAACACCACCCAUCUGGCGACCGGGAUCAGUUUGCUGGCACCCGGCCCGCCACAAGAAGUCACUAGAGCGCGAUGAGCCAAGUAAACCCUCCCCUAAACCUGACGACGCUGGGCCAAUUGUGAGCCGUCCUAUGGGACUCCCGGCCACGUCCGGUUGUAGCACAGCCCCUCGGGAGGCCCAGUUUGAUUUAUCUGUAUGUGAGCAAGAGUUUGUGUGAGAGGGGUUGGAGUAACAGUGGGUAUUUUAAUGUGCUGCUACUGUAUAAAAUGAUACACUGAACAAAAAUAUAAACGUAACAUGUAAAGUGUUGGUCCCAUGUUUCAUGAGCUGAAAUAAAUAAACCCUAGGAAUGUUCCAUA